AUGAUAAUUUUCAUUUGGUUUUCGAUUACAAUCUCCUCGCAGCCGCACAGUGGCCACAGCGACGACGGCCAGAGGCCAGCCACAGAUGUGCCUCCCACCUCUCUCCAGACGACUCCACAGCCUGAUGACGCCGCCGUCUCUCGCCUGCGGUAUCUUUCUGGAGAAGAGAAGGGCAAGAUGCUGGUUGCGGCAGCUAAGGAGGGGUCAGUGAGCAAGGUGCGAACGUUACUGGCAGUGGGGGCGGACGUGGAGGCGAUGGACGAGAACCAGCAGAACGCACUGCACGGAGCAGCAGCCAAGGGACACGUGGAGGUGGUGAGGCUUCUGCUGGAGGAAGGAGCUGAUGUCAACGCCAGGGACCUCUGGCGGAACACACCUCUGCAUCAGGCUGCAUGGAAUGACAAUGCGGCUGUGGUGCGGCUGCUGGCGGCAUCCUCUGCCGACUGCAACGCCAGGGAUGACACUGGGAACACACCACUGCACGAUGCGGCACAGCGUGGACAAGCAGACGCGGCGAUUGCGCUACUGGAGGCAGGGGCCGACAGGGAAGUCUGGAAUUACGAUAGGGACACGCCGCUGGACCUAGCCGAGUGGAACAACCACGAGUGGCUCAUAGACAUCCUAGGAUCAAGCUAAAUAUAGUGCAAACGACUCUGGAGUAAAAUAAAAAAAGCCUUCUGUGUGAUCUUUGUUACUUAUAAAAUAAAGAAUACAGAAAAGUUUA